AUGGCUACUAGUACUGGAAUGGUUGUUCCUGUGGCACUACUAGUGCUGCUGGGAGUGACCGUAUGCUCAGCCACUAGAGCUCUGUUGACUCUAGAGGCAGGAACUUAUGGUGCUGGCCACGGCAUUGUUGGCGGUGCCCGCGAUGGAGCCGGAGGUGGAGUUGCAGUUGCUGGAGGUUAUGGUGGUGGAGGAGGUGGCGGAUCCGGUGGAGGCUAUGGUGCAGCAGGAGAGCACGGAGUUGGAUAUGGGAGUGGUGGUGGAAGUGGAAGCGGAGCUGGGUAUGGAGUAGGGGAGGGUGGUGGUGGUGGCGGCGGCGGCGGCAGUGGAGGAGGCGGUGGUUAUGGUGCCGCUGGAGGAGAGCAUGGAGUUGGAUAUGGAAGCUGA